CAACAGCUAACAACUAACUGGUGUGUGGUACUUUUGUAGAUACCAGCACACUUGGGGUUAAAGGAAAUGAAAUGGAAUGUAAAAUAGCAAAGGAAGUUGCUAAAAGUAAUCACAUUGAUUUUACAAUUAGCAUCAGCAGGGCAGAAACCAAGAGCAUUAUUAAACAGAGAUUGAAGGAAAGAUUGCAAAGGCAAUGGGAAAAAACAAGAAAAGGGCAAUGGUUUCACAGGAUUUAAAGGAAAGUGGGAGAAAUGAGGUACACAGGAAGGAAUAAGAGAGACGAGAUAAUAUCGCGGCUUAUAGGUUUGGAUACACUGGACUUAAAGGUGCUCUAAGCGAUGUCACGCGUUGGCCAAAACAUUUUUUGUCACAUACAGCAAACAUGUCCUCACUAUCCGCUAGCUGCCUGUCCCCUGAACACACUGUAAAAAAACGCGGUCUCUGUAGUCGCCCCAAGCUCCAAAAACGGCAAUAAAAACAAAGUGGUGCAGCCUGGACCACAAAACAUAAAAAACAUGCUCCAGCCAAUAACCGACAAGAAUGAUUUUAAAUGCGCGUUCAUGACUGUUUCAGGAAGCACGGAGGGGAGGGGGAGGAGGAGAAAGAAUCAUUAAACAGAGAUUGAAGGAAAGAUUGCAAAGGCAAUGGGCUAGCAUCUAGCUAGCCUCUGUUUCGUUUGACAACACUUCGAACGUCAACAGAAAGUUACUCCGCCCAGGAUCGCUAAGAGCACCUUUAACGGAACACUGUUCAAAAUAGGUAAACAUAACACAGGGAAUAGGUUGUUUGCACAUGACGUCAUUGCAGCAGCGCGAAUGAGCCUGGAGGGCAAGGAGUGAUUUUUCUAUAUAGGAAUCCUAUCAAAAACUCAAACUUUUUUGCGUCGUUUAUGGUUGCUCAAAUCGUUAAAAUCGAGAACCCAGAAGGUGUUUAUAUCGUUUACAUAACAUACCGUUUUGUAUAAAUUAUUUCAUUUUUUAACUUUAAAAGUUGUCGCCUUUUAUAGCGUUUUGCGUCUGCUGAUACUGAAAUGAAUAUGGAUACCUGCUUACCUUUUGUUUUUGACUUGGUUAAAUGUUCACAUUCUUCAUGCUAUCGUUUGCAGACACAAUUUUUUCACAAUUUAACAAAUAACUUUUGAUUAUUUAAAAAGUUUUAUUAAAGGAGAUUUUCAAAUAAUGAUUUUUGGCACAAUGGUGCCCCCCUCUCGUGAAGCGGCCCUAUGGAUUGCGUACUGGAUACCCCAAACCCUGGGGGAGUAAUAACAAUCAACAAAACAAGAGACAGGCUGUCAGGGCUGGUUGCCAACGAAGAGAGGAUGCAAGAUCUAGUUGAGCAGCAAAGGUUUAUUGACAAUAACUAUAACACAAAACACUCAGGAGCAGGAAAAAAACAACAACAACUAAACAUUGAUGAGGACAGACAAGGGAGUGCAGGAGGACUGAGUCUUUAAAGGGAGUGCUGAUGAGGAUGUGCAGGUGCAGGGAAUCCAUGUGAUGAGCUGACUGGGUGUAGGUGUGGAAUCAGAGGGAUGCUGGGAAAUGGAGUCCGGGGGAGGUGAGACAGACGGUGACUGACACAGGCAAAGUAAUAGGCCUAUAUAUAUGGGCUGUUGUUAUGUUGUCUUCCUCUUUAAAUGUCUCUUGUGUUGUUAUUUGUCUUACACAAUUGUUAGUGUCAGAACAGCCAUAGAGCUGUGGACAAAAGUGCACCAACUGAGAGACACAAAUAACUGCGUGAGAAUUAAGGACGUCCCUUUCUCUCUUCAGUCACAGAAGCCUCAGUCUGUUGUCUAAACGUCUGGACAUGAACAUCUUUCAAGAGUCCUGCCGCUUCAUUUUAGGUGUUCUCCUGGUUUUCUUUCUCCAGGGGUCAUGUACUGAUCAAGUUGUUGAGGUGCACAAAGCUGUCGGAGACUCGCUGGAUUUAAUUGCUGGUUACCCAAAAGAAAAUCUUGAAGUACAGUGGAAAUAUAAGGAUAUUGAAAUUGCUGAGUAUGAUAAAAAUGAGAUCAAAAAACUGAAAUCUCAAUAUUAUGAAAGGUUAGAGAUGAAUGCGGACAAUAUUAGUAUAACAGUUAAAGAUCUGAAACUCCAGGAUUCUGGACUCUUCUCUAUUGUUGCAAAAACAAACUCUACUCAACAUCCAUCAAAAUUCAUAAACCUACAUGUUCAUGAUCUCAUCAGAGAUGUACAGAUUGAGUCCAAUGAUUCCUGGCUGUCGUCAAAAAACAUCUGCAUGUUUCAUCUUUGGUGUCAGGCAUCCGGCGAUCCGAAUCCCUCCUACAGCUGGAGCGGCGAUCCGGUCAAGACUGGACCAAACCUGAAUAUCAGCCUCCAUCUAGCAGAGAGCGCUACACUCAACUGCACCGCCAACAACACCGUCAGCGUCAAGCAUACUACUAAGACUGUAGAGUGUAGAGGGGAACAUGAGUAUUCAAGGUUCUGUGUAAGAAUGCUGAAUUCUUAAAUUGUCUAAGGAUUAUAUAAUGUUAUAUUUUAAAAUAAAGACCACUAAGAAACAUUGCCCUAAAAUGUUGCAGAAAAUCCCUAAAAUCACUUGCAGAAUCUGUGAAAAUGUUAAUAAUUUUAACAAAAUA